GUUAGGUGCUGUUGAUACUGUAGUUUCGAGCCACCACCAAGACUCAGAAGUGAGUGUAGCAGCGCACGAACAUCGCUCUGAAACUGUUUUGUGACAUUUCCAUUCCAAUAUUUUAUGACUUGUACAUUGUGUACAUAGAUAAUUUCAUUUUUUUAUAACAACAAAACAACAAGAUGGAACUUAAUUCUCUUUUAAUUCUGCUGGAGGCUGCAGAGUACUUGGAAAGAAGAGACAGAGAGGCAGAACACGGUUAUGCGUCUGUUUUACCGUACAGUAGCGACUUUUCCAGUAAGAAAACGAAAGCUUCGACAAUUUCCAGAAAAGCUCAGAACAAUAGAUCGUCGCACAACGAGCUGGAGAAACACAGACGUGCCAAACUACGGCUGUACUUGGAGCAGUUGAAGAAGCUGGUGCCUUUGGGUCCAGACAGCACGAGACACACCACACUGAGUUUGCUGAAAAGGGCCAAGAUGCACAUCAAGAAGCUGGAGGAACAGGACAGGAAGGCUUUAAACACGAAGGAGCAGCUGCAGAGAGAGCAUCGCUACCUCAAACGCCGGCUGGAGCAGCUUUCUGUGUCCGGAUCUGUUGAGCGCAUCCGCACAGACAGCAUGGGCUCCACCAUCUCCACUGACUCCGAGCAAGAGGUAGACAUCGAGGGGAUGGAGUUCACUCCUGGCGAGGCGGACAGCGUGGGCAGCAUCAGCGACGGCGAGGAGGAGGACCACUACAGCCUCCAGAGCAGCUCCAGUGACACCAGCUACACAGCCACACAUUCCCACAGACUGCAGCCGCACCACUGUUAGACGCCGCACGCUCGAUCUCCCAACCAGCUUCCUGGCCGAUGCUUUCCUCCCCUUACCGACACCUUGCCCGACAAUCGCCAACGCCGUCCGCUACCUAAAUCAGACCGGCCCACAAUGGCGAUACAAGCUGAACCUCCUUUCCUGGCCCUGGCUCUCCAGGAAGCACAUGGGGCUGAAAUGCCACUCAAGCCUUCCUGAACCCCCUGACCCUACCUCACCCUACUUUAUCCUGCCAGAACCUGCCCCUCCUCCUCACAAGCCCUGCCCUCCCGCUGCCCUCACAAACCCCUGCCUAGUGUUGCCGCAGGCUCAUAGAGAGCAGAGCAGUUUGUGGUUUUAAUGGGGACUUCUGUGGUGUGAUAAAUAGCUUUGACUUGUUAAUCGGGAUUCUGUAAUAUAAGUGUGUGCGUGUGUGUGUGUGUGUGUGUGUGUGCGUGUGUGUACACAAGCUUCAUGUCAUCCCCAUGAGGCAAUAAUACACAGACAAGGCUUUGCACCAAGUUUGUGAUGUAAAAGGUAAAGCACUUCUGCAACAUUUGCAAUAUUGAAAGUUAUUUACAUCAUACAGUAUCUUCCCUUUACACAAUACGAUUUACAGAAGUAGCUAUUGCAGAUGUCCUGCAUCUUCCUCGAAAACGGUUGACUGCUGAAAUAAGGACAGAGAUUAAAGGAAUGUUUUUUUUAGACAUUUUGGGAAACAUAUUUAUUUCCCAGUCUUUAUGCUAAGAUUGAUUGAUUGAUUGAUAUUUAGCAAACAGACAUGGUGUUGUUGAAUAAGCUUUGUUCCCCAAAAUGUUAAACUGUUCAUUUAAUUCUUCCACUAUUUAGGUUUGUGUCAAUGUGCAGCGGUGCAUCUGCAACUACAUGGCCUAAAACAGGACUUUAUCAGUGGCUACUUCUGCACAAAACGUCGUCACAUCAUUACCAAAUGUGACCAAUUUUUUGGUCAAAGACAAACUGAAAAAGUGACAGAGCUGUAGCAGAGAAGAACAAAUGUAUAUAGAUGUAUAGUUACUGUCCAAACCCUCAUGUCUCCCUCUGGUUGGGUUGCCUAACCACUACUCCACACUACUGACCACUACACUAUACCACCCUACGGUGUGGAUGGACUACUAUGUCAAUUAAAAAAAGGAGUUGCCUCAUAACUAAAAACUCUAUUCCUUAAAAAUUGAUUCAAAUCCUUCUCAGUAGCGAAUUGAUGUAGCAAUAAAUACGUGAGGCGGGUGCUUCCUCUGAGUGUUUAAAUGAUUCUGGUGGACCUUGAGGUGUCACGGGAGACUUCCUUUCCUUUUCCUUUUUUUUUUCCCCUGUAGAUGGACAGUGGGUGCUGACAGAGAGUGGAUCUUCCUUUUUCACUAAUGGAUCCUUCUCUUUGCUUACAAUGUCAUUUACCCAGAAUUCACAUUUCUCUACAGCUGUGUUACUUUUUCAAGCAGUGUUCAUGUUUGUCUGGAUGGUUUUUGUUCUUGUUCUGAUUAACAAGUCAAAGCUGUUAAUGUGGAAGAAAAAAACAUUAAAAGAAAAAAAAAGGGGCCAGCUCUAAUGAUUUGUUCUCUGUAGAGGCGUUCAUUUUAGCAAACUUAGCAAACUAAUCACAUUCAGUUGAACUUUUAUUUUCUGGCACAAAGGCCAAUAUUCUUUGCUCUCUAUCUGUUACUUACUUCCGUAGAUGACAUUUCUUCUUUAACUUGUCUGUAACUUUUGCACAAUAGUCACUAUAGACGGAGGUGGCGCUUUUUUCGCUCUCUGACCAUUUAAUAAUCAUUAGGCUUCAGACUCUGGCAGUCUUUAGAGGUUGGCGUCCCAACACCUCAAAAUAAGAAAAAAAAACAAAAA